CUCCCGCAUCAUAUAGUGCACUAGUCGGGUUGUCAAGUGUCCAUUGUGAAAUCUAUCUAAGUUACUGGAUUUGGAAAGUAGACCUACGAGUUACUUUUCCCAGUUUGGUGCGAAAGCUGCAUACUAGUCAAAUAGUGAGCGUUCAACUGAAAGCCACAGCUAUGUAUUGAGUGUAAUUUACCGCAAGAAGCUUCAGCGUCGCUGUGUUGGUUACUACGCAUUAUAGGAAUUCAUUAAGAAGACGCCCGUUCAAUUUCACCAAGGCUAAAAGGAUUAUUCAAAUAUUUAACAAAGAUAACAUUUAAUUUUUUUCUUCAUCCCCGGACGGAAGUGUGUUCUAUUUAUUUACUAUAGCCUACUACUAGAAAGCAUACAUCGCAGUGUUUUCAGAAGUUUGGGGUUUGUGAACACGCCUGUUGUUAUUUAAUUAUGGCAGAUUUAGGCCUACCAGUGGAUUGGGAUUUAUUUGCUCUCUUGCUUUUUCUCAAUGCUUUGUGAGAUAACGGUUUGUUUUGACUACCGUAAAACGUUGUGUUGCUCUGAAGACGCAAAACUUUUAUUUAUUUAUUGAGACAUCUGGGAAUUGUUGUUUUGGCAACCAUUUAAACGACAUUUUAUUAGCCACGUAACCCGAAAGAGACAUACAGGGUGUUAUAAGCGUUUGUUUUUUUAGCCUACAAAGAGAGGGUUGCUGAACUGUGGCUCUAUUUCCCCGGUGUAGUUGGACUGUUGUAUUAUGUAAUGCAAACUAUGUUGCGAAACUUGGUGUUAUGUAGUUUUAGCAUAACAGACUAUUGUGUUUAUUAUAGCAGUCCAACGUGCUAGGCUGAUUCCAAGUCUCUCUGUUCCGAGGUAGGAUAGUCUUAACGGAGAUCAGUUCACAGUUGAAGAGUGCGCUUCCUCAACCACGCCUGCCCUGACCUCUAGAUGCCGGGCAUAAACUCCACCACCGCCUCUCGCUAUGAGUCCGGCUGGGAGAUGGAGUACGACCACUAUCAACAUUACUUCUACGACGACCACGAUCCAGACGAGGAUUUCUCUAAAUCCACUGCGCCCAGCGAGGACAUAUGGAAGAAAUUUGAACUAGUACCAACCCCGCCCAUGUCCCCUAUCCGGACUUUGGAGGGGGCCGCCGGGUUCGGGAUGGUCUGCCCUUCGCUGGGGGACAAACUCGAGUGGGUGUCCCAGUGUUUGGGUCAAGAGGACGACCAGGAUGUGCCGUGUAAACUCAGCUCAUCCGACGAGGCUUUGGGGAACCUGAGCUCCAUUAUCGUACAGGACUGCAUGUGGAGCAGCUUCUCAGCGGGCAAGCAGCUGGAGAAAGUUUUCGGGGAGCGGCUUGCCUCCUGUCCGAAUAAACUACCCAUGCAGGCGUUGGGAGCUGCAAUCACCACCGCCGGGAGGGCGCAGUGCGUGACGGUGCCAGUGGACGCGGCUGUUCCAGUUCUCGGUAGCCCUGCGACUGAUUGCGUGGACCCGGCUGCUGUUCUCGCCUUCCCGCUAACCGGGGGAACGUUUAAGAAACCGUCGGUGUCCUCCUGUUCAGAGACCCACACAGACUCAUCAGAUGACGAAUCUAGUGACCAUGACGAUGAUGAUGAUGAUGAUGAUGAUGACGAAGAGGAGAUUGAUGUGGUGACGGUGGAACACAAGCAGUACAUGUCCCGACGGCUGGUCAACAGCAGAGUUACCGGGGGACGUGGCGGCGGGCUAAACAGACGGACGCCGGUGACAAUCAUGGUCCGGGCGGAUGCUCUGAACCCUUGUAUGAAACGCUUCCACAUCUCUAUCCACCAACAGCACCACAACUACGCAGCGCCCUCCCCGGACACACACACAGCCCCCGCCCUCUCCAGAAAGAGGAUCCGACACAAGCCCUCAAACUCUUCUCAUAACUUCUCUAACACCCAGCCACACCUGCACCCCGCCUCCACAUCCAAUCAGAACUCUGAGAGCAAACCACAUGUCGCCGUAGCAACCAUCGGGUCGGAAUCAUCUGACCCCAACACACCCUCCCCUUGUGGAUCCCCGUCUGCCUCACCUCGAUUAUCCUCCUCUCACCCCUGCAGCCCCCAGUCCUCCGACUAUGAGGACACAGACAAACGCAAGACACAUAACUUCCUGGAACGGAAACGGCGUAAUGACCUGCGCUCUCGUUUCCUGACCCUGCGGGAUGAGAUCCCCGGCUUGGCAGAGUGUUCGAAGACGCCCAAGGUGGCCAUCCUGACACGCGCCACUGAGUACCUGGGACAGCUGCAUUCUAGCGAGCGCCAGCGGGCGCAGGAGAAACGGCAGCUGAAGGCCAGGCAGCAGCAGCUGCUCCGUAGGUUGGCACAGCUCAAACAACGCCCCUAGACUCACUGACUGGCAGGUUGGCACAGCUCAAACAACGCCCCUAGACUCACUGACUGGUAGGUUGGCACAGCUCAAACAACGCCCUAGACUCACUGACUGGUAGGUUGGCACAGCUCAAACAACGCCCCUAAACUCACUGACUGGUAGGUUGGCACAGCUCAAACAACGCCCUAAACUCACUGACUGGUAGGUUGGCACAGCUCAAACAACGCCCCUAAACUCACUGACUGGUAGGUUGGCACAGCUCAAACAACGCCCUAAACUCACUGACUGGUAGGUUGGCACAGCUCAAACAACGCCCCUAAACUCACUGACUGGUAGGUUGGCACAGCUCAAACAACGCCCCUAGACUCACUGACUGGUAGGUUGGCACAGCUCAAACAACGCCCCUAAACUCACUGACUGGUAGGUUGGCACAGCUCAAACAACGCCCCUAAACUCACUGACUGGCAGAUUGGCACAGCUCAAACAACGCCCCUAGACUCACUGACUGGCAGGUUGGCACAGCUCAAACACCGCCCCUAGACUCACUGACUGGUAGGUUGGCACAGCUCAAACAACGCCCCUAAACUCACUGACUGGUAGGUUGGCACAGCUCAAACAACGCCCCUAAACUCACUGACUGGCAGAUUGGCACAGCUCAAACAACGCCCCUAGACUCACUGACUGGCAGGUUGGCACAGCUCAAACACCGCCCCUAGACUCACUGACUGGUAGGUUGGCACAGCUCAAACAACGCCCUAAACUCACUGACUGGUAGGUUGGCACAGCUCAAACACCACCCCUAGACUCACUGACUGGCAGGUUGGCACAGCUCAAACAACGCCCCUAAACUCACUGACUGGUAGGUUGGCACAGCUCAAACACCACCCCUAAACUCACUGACUGGUAGGUUGGCACAGCUCAAACAACACCCCUAAACUCACUGACUGGCAGGUUGGCACAGCUCAAACAACGCCCCUAAACUCACUGACUGGUAGGUUGGCACAGCUCAAACACCACCCCUAGACUCACUGACUGGCAGGUUGGCACAGCUCAAACAACGCCCCUAAACUCACUGACUGGUAGGUUGGCAGAGCUCAAACACCACCCCUAAACUCACUGACUGGCAGGAUGGCACAGCUCAAACAACGCCCCUAGACUCACUGACUGGUAGGUUGGCACAGCUCAAACACCACCCCUAAACUCACUGACUGGCAGGUUGGCACAGCUCAAACAACGCCCCUAGACUCACUGACUGGUAGGUUGGCACAGCUCAAACACCACCCCUAGACUCACUGACUGGCAGGUUGGCACAGCUCAAACACCACCCCUAGACUCACUGACUGGUAGGUUGGCACAGCUCAAACACCACCCCUAGACUCACUGACUGGCAGGUUGGCACAGCUCAAACAACGCCCCUAAACUCACUGACUGGCAGGUUGGCACAGCUCAAACAACACCCCUAAACUCACUGACUGGCAGGUUGGCACAGCUCAAACAACGCCCCUAAACUCACUGACUGGCUGAAUGACUGGCAGCGACCUCUAGUCGAUGGAACGUACUCUUCAUCAGGACUGACUGAAAACCAACUCACUGACAGACUGUUAGUGGCUAGCAUGGAGAGAAGCCUUUGAAUGGAUCUGAACCCUAUAUUAUAAACCAGGACUGAGUUAAAACCAGGCAUGGAUCUGAACCCUAUAUUAUAAACCAGGACUGAGUUAAAACCAGGGAUGGAUCUGAACCCUAUAUUAUAAACCAGGACUGAAUAAAACCAGGGAUGGAUCUGAACCCUAUAUAAUAAA